AUGUCUGAACUACUUCCUGUAUCUAAACACCCUCUUAGUGCCAAUCCAAAAUAUGGAAAGGCCGUAGAAUCACUCAAAGAGAAACAUUAUAGAGAAUGUAAUAGAGACGGAAACUGCCUGUACUCCAGUGUCACGCUUCUUAUAUUUCCAUUAUUACGAGAUGAAAGGGCCAAAUCGAUGUUUUACGGGUUUACAAAAGAAUUUGAGGAGAUGGAUGUGCCCAGUGUUGUAUACGAAUGCUACAUCACAUCUAUAGAGGAGAUUAUCGAGAAGAUUUCAGUGGAUGAUCUUGAUUCCGAAGACUUGACUGUAUUUACAGCUUAUCUAAGACUAAUAUGCUCAACGCAUGCAAAGAUGAAUGAGAAAAAAUACCAAAGUUUCAUACAAAUGGACUUGAAACAAUACUGUGCAGAGCACAUAGAUCCAAUGGAUCAAAGAGCGGGCAGUUUUGAGCUGGCAGUUCUGGCAGAUGCACUACAGUUAAAAAUAACUGUAAUUUCGAUUGCAGAUGACGAAAAAUUUCAAACCUCAUUUGGGGAGGGGCCAGAAGUGAAAAUUUUACACACGCCGGAUCAUUUUGAGCCACUUUAUGACUAA